CAGUCACACAAGGCUUUAGCAUUUGCGCGUCUCAUCAAGUCAAUCAACGGCAAAACUCCAAACACAAUCAAUUGUAAUACUAGUCGCUAUUAUUUUUACUUUAUCGGCCGAAAACAUUAACGCCUCGUACCCUCCAUACAUCACAUCACGUCGCCUUUGUUUCCUAAACCGAACACUUUCUUCAACCUAAACUUAACACAAGAUGGCCGACGCUCACGUUCCCAAGGCAGAGUCUCCCGUCGCUCGGGAGAAGCUCGAGGCUCAGAUCAAGUCCGCCGACAUGACGGAGGAUAUGCAACAGGAGUCUAUCGAAGUUGCCCAGGAAGCCAUGGCCAAGUUCACCAUUGAGAAGGACAUUGCACAGCACAUCAAGCGCACAUUCGACGAGCGAAAGGGACCAACCUGGCACUGCAUUGUUGGCCGAAAUUUCGGUAGCUUCGUUACCCACGAGACCAAGCACUUUAUCUACUUUUACCUCGGCCACUGCGCAAUUCUACUAUUCAAAACGCAAUAGGCAUGGGA